UUCAACUUAACUGAUACAACAUUAAGCUGUGAAAACUCAACUCAAAGUGUUUUGUAUUACGUUAUGGAUAUAAUCUCCAGAUGAAGUUGUAGUGAGGUGCUAAAUUGUGUGAUUUGUUGUUGAGUUCAAGAGGGACUUUGAGCUUCUGAGCUGUUUUAUGAUUUGAUAUUGAGAUUUUAUGUUUAUGGCACAUGCUAACUCAUAAAUAAUAUCCUGCACGGCAGCAGCUCAGACGUGGGACCACAGCAACAAGUUCAUGUUUAAUAACCUGAAGUUUAAUCCAACGUCUCUGACAUCCAGCUGCUGAUCAACAUGGACUCUAGAGUCUUCUUCCUCUUGACUCUGGCUGUUCAUCUUGCUGGUAGACCUGGUGCUCAGUCCACCACAACAUCAUCCGCACCAAGUAUCACCGACACCACAACAAUACCAACCCCUGCUACCAUUACUACUGACCAAACAUACUAUACUAUAUACCAAACCGACUAUAUAACAACCGGUGCUACUGACCCAACCAGUGCUCUUGUAACAUCAUCAGCACCAAGUAUCAAUGACACCACAACAACCCCUGCUACUAUUACUACUACUCUUCCUCCUGCUAGUACUACUGCUCCUCCUCUUACUACUACUAAUCCUGCUACUACUACUACUGCUCCUCCUCAUACUACUACUACUGCUCCUCCUACUAGUACUGAACCAAUCCUUUCUACUGAACCAAUCCUUUCUACUGAACCAACCGAUACUACUGCAGAAAUGCUUACUACUGUAUCAAUGCUUUCUACUGAAUCAACCCUUUCUACUGUACCAAUCCUUUCUACUGUACCAAUGCUUACUACUGUAUCAAUGCUUUCUACUGAAUCAACCCUUUCUACUGUACCAAUCCUUUCUACUGUACCAAUGCUUACUACUGUAUCAAUGCUUUCUACUGAAUCAACCCUUUCUACUGAACCAAUCCUUUCUACUGAACCAAUGCUUUCUACUGAACCAAUGCUUACUACUGUAUCAAUGCUUUCUACUGAAUCAACCCUUUCUACUGAACCAAUCCUUUCUACUGAACCAAUGCUUUCUACUGAACCAAUGCUUACUACUGUAUCAAUGCUUUCUACUGAACCAAUCCUUUCUACUGAACCAAUGCUUUCUACUGAAUCAACCCUUUCUACUGAACCAAUCCUUUCUACUGAACCAAUGCUUACUACUGUAUCAAUGCUUUCUACUGAACCAACCCUUUCUACUGAACCAAUCCUUUCUAGUGAACCAGCCGGUACUACUGAACCAAUCGGUACUACUGUACAAACAUCUGACUAUACUGUUGCUGCUACUACUACUACAAAUAUGUACACUGAUAUUACUGAGUAUACCGCUGCUAUUACUACUUUUCCUGUGAAUCCUACUACUACGGAUUCUACUAUUACUACUACUUCUCCUCAUACUACUACUACAAGGCCUACUACUCCUCCUCAUACUACUACUACUACUACUACUACUACAAGGCCUACUACUCCUCAUCAUAGUACUACUACUACUACUACUACUACUAGUAGUCCUCCUACAAGUACGACUACUACUACUGCUACUCCCCCUCCUCUGGUUUGUAAUAACGGAGGUAGACCUCUGAACGGCAUCUGUAUCUGUCCGGAUGAAUGGACCGGAAAGACCUGCUCAGUAGAGAAUUUCUGCCGAGCCCAGAAGAUAAGAGGAUUCAACUUCCCACGAACACCCAUCGGCUGGUACGCUUAUUCUAAGGAAAUCUGUCCCCCAGGAACGAGUGGCGCGGGUAAACCCCAGGCUUCGACCAGAUGUUCCAACAGGAACACACCCCCAAGUUUCCAGGAGCCGCGCGAACUCCAGUGUGGACAGACCCUCACCGACAUACAACAAAAUCUGAACGGCUCAGCAGAUUUAGAGACGCUGGCAGCGAGCGCUCAGAUGCUGACGUCCCAACCUGAAAAUCUGACGGCUGAAGAAGUGACGACGGCCGCUCAGAUCGCCGACACGCUGCUGUCGUCUGAGAACGUCUCACAGAGCGUGAGGGAGGCAGCUGUAGCGACUGUCAGCCAGAUUCUGAACACCAACCCGUCAGACAACAUCCAGGAAAACAACGCUACUCUCAGGCUGACGCAGACCCUGUCCAGCCUGUCGGUGGACCUGAGUUUGAUCUCCAAUGAUUCUAAGUUGGUUCAGCCAAACAUCGUAGUCCAGUCGGCUCAGAUCUCGGCGGCCGACACUCAGGGAGUCCAGUUCACUGCGCUGUCAGGAACGUCGGGAAGUUUCGUUGCCGACCGCAUCCAGCUGGACACCAACACGUCGGCCAUCGCCGUGGAAACCGGCUUCGUUGCAGACGCCGUCGUUUACCUCCAGUUCCCCCCAGGCGGUUCUGCCGGCCGUCUCCAGACUCCGUCCAACGUGUCUGUGGGUUUCGUCCUCUACCAGAACGACCACUUCUUCCACUCGCGGCGCUACAGGCGGCGCCGGGCCUCGGUCAGGGUCCUGUCGGCCAACGUCAGCGGUCUGGAGCCACAACAGGUCCAGAUGCUCUUCAGACCAAUGCUUCUGAACGGUACGUCUCUGUGGGACUUCUCGUGUGUUUUUUGGAACUACAGUUUGGAGGAUUGGAGCGUGGCUGGCUGCUGGAAGGGAAACGCUUCAGACGGAGUCCUCCAAUGUUUCUGCAACCACACAACCAACUUCGCUGCUCUCUGGUCCUUCAGAGAGAAUUAUGAAUAUGCAGAAGUGCUGGAUACAUUUUCUAUAGUUGGACUUUCUUUCUCCAUCCUGGGUUUGGUUGUUACAAUAAUUCACCACAUUACAGACAACUUUAAGAGAAACAGUGGCGACUGGAAGAACUACAGGAACUCCCAGCUUGCUUUGCUAAGUACAUGUUUCAGCCUGCUGGCCUUCAUCAUCACCUUCCUCUCUGGCGUCACAAACCGGCGACAGGACGCUGGCGAGGACGACGCGUUGCUUGACACCGAGACCAACGGCGUCCUGGACUCUGACGAAUAUGUGGCGGCGGACAGCGGCCCAUGUUCGGGGGUGACGGCGCUGCUUCACUUCUUCCUGUUAGCUACGUUCAUGUGGAACAGCAUGUACGCCACACAGCUGGUGCUGCUCGUCCGCAAGAUGCGCCAGAACCUGCCGCCAUACUGGACGCCGCUCAGCGCCACCGUGGGAUGGGGAGUCCCAGCUGUCAUCAUGGCGAUCACACUGGGAAUUGCCUACAGGGUGGAUGACCCUCUAGGAUAUAGACAGGAGGAAUUUUGCUGGCUGGCAGCGCUGGAUAAAUCCAAAGACUUUGACUUUGGGAAGCCGAUGUUUUGGGGUUUUCUGCUUCCUAUCGGUUUGAUUCUGAUCUACAACAUCGUUCUGUUGGUUCUGGUCUCUCAGACCACCUGCAGGACCGACCCCACCCUCACAAGCAGCAACCCUCGGUCCGUGUGGAGGAACUUUCUGAUCAGUUUCUCUCUGGCUGUGUUACUCGGUUUGUCCUGGACCCUGGGUUACCUGGUGCUGGUUACCACGGGAUACGCCCACCUGGUGCUCAGCAUCCUCUUCUGCCUCUGCACCACCACACAGGUUUCUACCGAGCGGCCCGGAGUUAUAACAGGAGACACAUUUCUUGGGCUCCAGAUUUUCGUCCUGUUCACCGCCAGAAAGCCGAGCUUCAGAGCUGGCGUGUUGCAAGUGGUUCAUACCAUCUCGUCUGUCAACAUCCAACUCAGAGAGUUUUCAUAUAAUCUGCUGAGAGAAUGGACUCACUCUACUGAGUCCUACAGAGAGCUGACAGUCUAGAGACUUUUUUUUUGGGGGGGGGGGGGAAACACGGAGGAACCAGUUGCAGCAAUUUCUGUCACACAAUAUAUGACUUUUGUUAUGAAAAUAUGUAUUUUUUUUCCCUUAAAAUAUUAAACUUUUAUUCUGAAAA